GCUCGCCACCGGGAGCGCGCAGGACCCGUCCCUACAGCAGCGCAUCCAUCCUGCCGCGGGGUCCGGGAGCGUGGAGGAGCGCACACUCACUCACACACAGAGGGAGAGACACUGAAAGAUGGACGGAGUGGGAUCGUUCGGAGCGGGCCGAUCCGGGUCCACUAUCGACCCGAUUACAUUCGCCAAACAGCCGCAGACCAUCCUGAGAGCGCUGUCCUGGAUAUUUUCCCUGGUGGUGUUUGCCUCCAUCGUGAAUGAAGGCUACGUUAACAUGGGCAGUGAACGUCUCCACUGUGUCUUCAACAAGAAUGCAGACGCAUGUAACUACGGCGUGUUUGUGGGUCUGGUGGGUCUGCUGGCAUGCUCCUUCUUCUUCCUGCUCGAUUACAAGUUCUCCUCCAUCAGCUCCGUUAAAGACAGGAAGAAGGCUGUGAUGCUUGAAAUUGGCUUCUCAGGUUUUUGGACCUUCCUGUACUUUGUAAGUUUCUGCUUCCUGGCCAAUCAGUGGUCUCGGACUAUGACUGAAGAUUUACCCCUCAACCAGGGGGCAGAUGCAGCUCGGGCGGCGAUUGCCUUCUCUUUCUUCUCGAUAAUCACCUGGGCUGGUUUAACAGUGCGUGCGGUCCAGAAGUAUCUGCUUGGAACAGACAUGACGCUGUUCACCACUGAGCACAUGGACGGCGGAGCGCCCACCCAACCGUACCCCUCCAAUUCACCGGUAGGCGGUACUACUGAGACCACAGAAGCCUACCAGAGCCCACCGUUCACCGAGAACAACACGGCACCCACGUACCAGGUCCCCAUUUAUUAGGAUGCCUUGAUGGGAUUCAGGAGGGAAAUAUGAGAGGAAACUGCUUGCUGUGAUUUCUGUUACCAGUGCAGUUGUUUUUAAGUUGAUCUGGUUAGUUGCCUUUUUCUUUUCCUCCUCUUGCUUCCUGCCUUUUCUGAACAUUCCAGCUUUAUCUGCUUUUCUAGACUUUUUCCAGGUUAAGAAAUGUUUUCUCUGCAUCAGAGCAGGUAAAAACAAAAGAAAACCAGAGGAGGAAAAAUGGAAGGCAAGGCUGCUUUGUUGCAUUCAAACACUAUUUUGUUAUAAAAGGAAGAGAUGGAACGAUCGACAUGUUUGACUGGAACAAAGCUGUACUGUAACGGAGCAGGCACACCUUUGUCUUUAUUUUUUAUUCAUUCAGGUGUCUUCUUUUUAUGCCAAACAUUGAGAAUGUUCUUUUUCUGUUUUAGCAACAAUAGCUCUCCUUACGCCCCCUGCUGGUUAUCAUGGUUAUGUGUCCAGACUUGUAGAUGAACCAAGUGCCAUACUGUACUGUGUUUCAGAGAGUGGCUUCAUUUUAGCAGAUUUUCACGUGCUGUAAAAAACAAUUGUGCAAUAUCUCACGUUCUAAUGUUGGCAGGUGUAUAUGGGCUGUGUGUCUGAGUCACAUUAGGUGAACUGUCUCAAAUCACGCAUUAGUUGUUGAAGUUACACAAAGAAACACGUUUAUAAAUUUCCUGGCUGUUGUUCAGUGAGCUUGUGAUCAGUGUUUUACAAAUAUUAGAUUAAUGUGGGAUUUAAAAAUAGAACUACAUUGAGACGGAUGAUUCGCUGUGGUGACCCCUGAUGGGAAAGGACAAGAGAGAAGAUAAUAAUAAAAAAAAAUAAUUCUUAUGUCAAGAAAAUUUAUUUCAUUUCAUUGCUUCUAUUACCAUUUACAUUUAUAUAAAACAGGGUAAAGUAGUUGAAGCCUAAAGGAACCCAAGCACCCCCUAGUGGCUGGUUCUGGUAUAUGUUUAAAACCCUACUUCCUCCAUGUUAGUUAAAGAGCAAGUCACCCCCGAAAUCAACUUUUUUUUGCUGAUAAACUAGACAAAUGAGUGUCUAAUCGCGCUGUAGACACGUGUAGUCAAUCAUUUGGCACUUUAGUGCAUCUUGGUUAAAAUUUUAAUUUUCUGACUAAAACUGUCUGUUUUGCCGUAGUCAGGUAAAAGCUCUGCACUGCAUUGAAUUUAAAUCUGCCACCACUAUUGGCUAAGAGGUACACAGUGAUGUUAGCUGGUACCAUAUGAUGUCACAAUGUCAUUGUGAGCCUGUGUGUGUGUAUUUGUUAGCAACUCUGCCCUCUUGGUCUGCCAGGCAACAGCAUUUGUUGCAUUUUUCAAACAUGAAGUGGGAGUUGAGUAAGGCUCUGGUAGGGGGUGACUUGCUCUUUAAAGCUUCUUUCCGGAGUAUUUCUCUCAUCCGAUGGCACCAUCUAGUGGCUGACAAGCAUAUCACACAAAAAGUCUGUUGCUGUUUUUUUAAGGUGGCAACUUCACGUUUCUGAGUAUAAAUGUGCUUCUGUAGCCGACAAACAGAGCUAAAACACGUUUUACGAGUAUUAUUCUCAUGUCAUGUUGUGUUCUCAUAUAUUUAUAUUUUUGAGACUUUUCCGUGAAAAGUUCAUCAACUCUGCAUCAGCCGAGGUAUUCCUUAAAUUUGAAGCACGUAAGCGGUAGUUUAACGCUAUUGGUGAGUUCUGGUCGGCGCUCAGUUUCUUAUUGCACGGAGCUCUGCGGGGCAGGGGGCGUGCUUAACAAAAAAAAAGACUUAUUGCUUAUAUUAUAUCACAGUACAUGAUAAGAUAACCACUUUAAUGGAUUUCUGACAAAUCAUGCAUCAUUUCUGAAAGGGGAAAACUCCGGAAAGCAGCUUAAUGUGGUACUGGGUGUUGAGUUCCAUUGAUUCAUUUGUUCCUUACAUUAUUGCUUCCCGCCCAAUCAUUUUUCUAGAAUGCUUAAGCGUAAUUAGUGGCACAAUCUAACUGGCUGAACCUGUGUUGUCCAUCGUCCAGUGAGCUUCCCCCAUAAUUUUUUGUCAGUAUUCUAUCCUGGAAUUAAUAUUGAUGGAGUCAACAAGAUGUAAUCUCAUCAUGAUCCUGAUAUUGCAACCCAAUUUGGGGGCGGGCCUUUCCAUCUCGGUCUUCUUGCUUACCUGACAAAUCCGUUCUCCUGAGUACGGGAGCACGAGGACGGCAUUUGGAACAGAGCUGUUCUCCGUUACGUCAUGGCAUUAUGCGCUGAUUUAUGCUAGAGCAAGGAAAUGACCAGAAAUUAAAUAAAAUUCUAGUUUGUUCCUUAAAUAACAUAACAGUGAAUACUAGGGAUGUCCUGAUCAGGGUUUUUUUUUGCCCCCAAAUCUGAGUCCAGGUCAUUUGAUUUGAGCAUCCAUCGAUACGGAGUCCUUAUCCAAUACAAUACAUUAAAUGAGAGUAAAGAAAGCAAAGAAACAGAUCCAGAUGAAAAGAAUCCCGGUACGCUGAGAGUCCAUAUAAUUAAUGUAACAAAGGCAGAAACAGGAUCUUUUUUCAGAAUCCCUCUGGGUGUGUAAGUAAGGCUUCUAGGGGAGCCCAUCACCCUUCAGGUGAGCCAGGUUCUCCUUAGCUCCCCUGUAAUUUGCUCCCUGUAUCCACGUCCAGAUUGGGAGGUAACGCCCGAUUCCAACUGAGCCUGAAACCAAGUGAUUGGGACCGAUUUCCGAUCACGUGAUCGGAUCUGGACAACCCUAAUGAACACAUUUUGUUGGUUCAAUACUUCAUCCACUUUUUAAUGUUAGUGUUUCUUUUAUCUAUCUUACUUUGAAAUUGAUAAAAUAUCAACAUUUCCUGCUGGUAAAUGAACAAAAUUCUGUUUAUUUUUUAUUAAAACAGCUGGUUUUAUUGUGAUAGCAGGUUAGCUAAUUAGCAUUUUGCUGCAUCGUGAAGAGUCGGAGCAGAAACCAAAUGCACACAGCAAAUUUGACAGGUUGACACAAUUAUCUACUGUAACAGACAACUUUAUAUUUAUUUAUACAGAAUAAUUUAUUUGUAUUUUUAAAAUAAAAACACUAGAGCUUUCGAUUUCUGCCGGUUUUCCUUUGGGGUAUGACAGUUUGUGAUGCAAUGCAUUAUGGGAUACCUUGCUGGCGUAAGUCCGCAGAAGAAUGCAUCAGUGCAUUCUUGAUAAAAUGGGCAGAGCAAACACGCAGGAACUUUGAAUGUACUCGCUAUGAUGCAUACUUGUGGCUGGGUUAGAAAAUCAAGUUUUCAGAAACUAUGACGCAGCAUCAUGUUUCCGCAUGCCCUCUAUUUGUGCAUCAAACAUUUCAAAUGUUUAUUUUCUUCCACAUUUGUCUCAUUUGAUCUUGAUCCUGUCUUAUUUUGUGUAAAAUCGACUCUAACCGAGGGAACUGGUAAGACCUUCAAAGACAAAGACAGGUGUUGGGGAAUCUUUACAGGGUAUCCGCGGGUCCUUAAAAAGUCUUAAAUUAGCUUUUCCAAAUUUAAGGCCUUAAAAAUCCUUAAAAAUGACAAAUAAUCCUUAAAUACAGUUUCCAAAGGUCUUAAAUUACCAAAGACCCAAUAAACAAAAUUAUUUUAUUUCUAUAAAAUUUUCGUGAAUUCGUGACAAUGUCGUGAAAAGUUAGUGUUCAGCAUUUUUUAUGUAUGAUAUUGGCAUAAGCGGAACCGUACACAUUCAGUUGGUUGUGAAAGGGGGCUAUUUUUAGAUGCGCACAUUAGCUGGUUAAGCUAGUGGGAGGCUUGCGCCAUGGGGAAGUGCAAGUUUAAUGGUAACUGGAUGGUUAAUCCCACCUUCGCGAAGUGGUUAGCACCAGUUCCAGGCAAUAGCUGGAAAUUAUAGCUUAAAUAAAAUAAAAAAUAUAGCUUACAAUUGGUCAAAGUGGCCUUAAGAAAGGUCUUUAAAAGUCUUAAAUUUGGCUCCCAUGAACCUGCAGAUACCCUGCUAUAACAAACAUUCUUUCUUUGUAUUUUGUUGUGUUGAUAAUAUGGACUCUCUCGCCAUCUAGUGGCUGGGUAGAAGUAUUUUAGCAUUCUUGGUAGAAGGAUGUGGACAGAAACCAAUUCAAAAAGAAGAAUUGGCCUAAACUCCAACCGCGGUCUGGAGAAUAAACCAGCUAGUGUGUAAUUUGGGACAGUGCUCUAUAUGUGGAGAGUGUGUGAGUGAACGGGGAUGCUGUGGAUAAAAUAUGUUCCUUUAUGAUUUUAAAGCUGCCAAACUGCCCUGGGUUCUUAUCGCUGUCCUCUGAUUACUCGUGUGUUAUCAGCGACAGGUAUUUCAGGUGAGACGAGCUGUCAUCAAGGGUUGGGUUGCUGGAGGAUUCAGUUAAGUCUCACUCACUCAAGGAGUAAAAAAAAAAUUUUGUUGUGGAUCACUAGAUCCUGCAAUCCUGCCUUUAGAUUUUAGAAGGUCAGAAUUAGUCGCCAUGGUGACGCGAAUAGGCAGGAUGUGGGUCAGAAGUGGUCCCCUAUGUAGAUAGUCCUUCUGGGUGUGUAGCAGUAUCUGUGUGCUGUGGUUACACUGGUGAAUCUGUCAUUUGUGUGUGGGUUAUGGUGCGACGAGGGUCUUGUGUUGGUGUGUGAGUGUGUGUGUUUCAGUUUGGUACAGUUUUAGCACAGAGCAGUUUUCAGAAGUUCCCUAAAAAUCGACCCCACGGUUUCUGCAUCCCAACGGUAAAGUUUUUAGUUUUGAUGAACUGAACCAAACGUAAAGGUUUACAACGAAGCGAUAGGACUGAUCUGUUGCUGCCUGAUUGUUUAAUGGAUCCGUUAUGAACCGUUUCUGAUCCACUAAGAAGUAGUCACAAUAAUAAUAAUAAUAAUGAUAAUGCAUGAAUAUGUUGUAUAGAAGCCAUUAGAUAUAUUUAUUAUUAUUCCAUUAUUAGUCCAAGAUGUUUAACAGAAGCCUGCCUACAAAUCUGAAAAAAGUCUCUCAGUCUCAUCACAUCUCUGUGAUCCUGGUGAUCACUCAGAUAUAAUGCCAAUAAAAUGUGUAACAAUAUGGUGGUAAUCAGUAGUUUAGUGGUCAAACCACCAUUCCCCUCUGCAAAAACAGUCAUUUUUCUGCUUGUAGAGGAUUUAAGGUCGUCCUAAACAGAGCUGAGACUGCUUUAACUGAGGUGAUAACUCUUGGUCAUAAUCAUUUGCUCAGAGCUGAGGAAUUCUGUUUUGGGACACGCGUUGAUAAAGUUCUGCUGGGUUUGGUUUCUGAUUAGUAGAACUACACUGUCUGUUUAUGCCUUCUGGCUCUCUGCUGUCCCACAACUUGCUGAGUUCAUAAAUGGGACUGGGAUCUGGGACUUUUAGCCCUUUCAUGCAUAGUGGUCUGCGUUAGUGGUGCACCUGCACAGAUGCUCUUUAAAACCUCCGUCAUAAAAGGAGAUGAUGUACUUUUCAUGCAUAAAAACACUUGGCACAGGCUGUCAGAACUUUGCAUGAAAGGGUUCAUCUAAGAUUGCAUGAUAAUUAAAAAGGAGCUAUCAUUGUCAUAAAAGCAUAUCCAUCCAGCUAUCCAACCAUUAUCAGCCGCUUAUCCAGAGUCGGGUCGCGGGGGCAGCAGAGAGGCCCAGACUUCCCGCUCCCCGGCCACUUAAGCCAGCUCUUCCAGGGAAGUCCUAAAAGACGUUCCCUGGCCCGCUGAGAGGCAUUUCCUCCAGCGUGUCCUGGGUCUUCCUUUAGGUCUUCUCGGAAAACUUUACCAGGGGGGCAUCCUAAUCAGAUGCCCGAGCCACCUCAACUGGCUCUUCUCGAUGCGGAGGAGCAGCGGGCCUACUCCGAGCCCCUCACCCUAUCUCUAAGGGAGAGCCCGGCCACCCUGCGGAGAAGACAAAUUUCGGCCGCUUGUUUCCGCAAUCUCGUUCCUUCGGUCACUACCCAAAGCUCGUGACCAUAGGCGAGGGUAAAUGGAGAGCCUUGCCUUCCUGCUCAGCUCUCUCUUCACCGCAACAGACCGUUACGUCUUCAUCUCUGCAGAUUCAGCACCAAUCCACCUAUCUUUCCCUCACUGGUGAACACGACCCCGAGACACUUAAACUCCUCCACUUGGGGCAGGACCUCGUCCCUAACCCGGAGAAGGGAUUCUACCCUUUUCUGAUUCAAGACCGUGGUCUCGGGUUUAGAGGAGCAAAACGAAAAUCAAGUUAAAAAAAACUGCUAUUCAUAGUCAUUCCCAGAUUUAUGUAAUUACAUAAUUAUGCAUCAUCAGUAGUAAAAAAAAAAAAAAAAGAUUUGAACAUUCAUGUUCUCUAAGUUUGGAGGAAAUUUCUUUCAUUUCAUAGUGUUUAAGCACUCGUUUUAAUGGGAUAAUUCAGAUCUGUUCAAGUAGGGUUUUGUGGAAAAAACUGGUGUAGGGGUGAAAAUCACACGUAUUAGGUACGGGCGUUCAGCAUGAAUGCUUGAAGCGUACAACAAAUCUGUUGGACACAGCUGGUUAAAACAGAAAUUAUUCUUGUGCAAAUAUCGGUGUAUUCACCUUUAAUAUUAGUUAUUUAAAUGCAGCAGUUACUGGAUUGGUGCAGUUCAAAGUGAGUGCGUCUAAUAAAAUAAUACUAACAUAAAGGUGAGACGUGUCCAUGCGCCCCCCACCAACACAGCUGGAAAAAUUCCUAGGGGAAACACUGAAUCUGGUCAGACGCCGCUCAAAGAGCUUUCUUCAACAGGUAAGAUAACUUUGUAGAACCUUUCCACAGAACCUCACUUUAAAAAAUCUGAGCCAUUGAAUGAGAAAACGUUAGAGUACUUCUUUAUUUUUCUACUGGAAAUAUUUUCAUUUUUAUUUUUGGGGGGUUAAACCAGAUAUAAAGUGUUUCCAUGACGAUCCUAUGGGGUAUUAUAAUUAGUUUGGGGUGCCGUCAGUUCAGGGUGUUUUAUUGUUCUCGUUGCUUCGUUCUCUUAGUGGUAGAAGAAGAUAAUAAAAACAAACAUGCUCUGUGUUUCGUGCUCUGGCAUCUGUACACUACUGUGGUAUUGGUUGAUUGUUUAAAAAAAUAAUCAAAAGGUCAGUGUGUUCAUGAGGUAAAUGGAACUCAUGUGUGAUUCUGUCCAGGGUCUGGUUUGUUCUGUGCUCCUGAAAUUAAUAAGUAUUUAUUUCCUAGACGGCACUACUUUUUUGGAAAUACUUUGUGGAACAGUCGUAAAAGGGCCAAAGUCAACACGUGAGCUCAUUCUGUCGUUUAGUGAAGCUGAGGUAAUAAAAAGGCUGUUAGAUGUAGUGGUGCUGGCACCAGCAGUGGUGCGGUUCCAGUAGAAAACGUUGCAUGAAUGUUACAACACACCCACCCCCUCCCUGGUUAUGCGGAUGGUUUGAAGAAGGAAAAAAAUCCCCAUUAAAGAAGAAAACAUCAAUUCUGUGUUCUUUAACAUGUUUCUACCAAAUAGUUUCUUCUUGUUAUGAAGCUGUUUGGCCUCUUCAGCGUGAACUCACUGUGUACAGACAUGUGUCACUGUCUAUUACCUGGACUUUGGUCUGACCAUCACUCCCAAUAAAGAAGAAAACAUGUUUUGGA